AUGAACCUAGAUAGCAAGCUUUCAUCUCAUGCAGAGAUGAAGGACGAGGCAAGAGCCAUGGAUUCAACUGAAGGAAUGAAGGUUUCAGAGGAUCAAGUUUUAGAAAGAGCACCCUCUGUAGUCGAAAUUCCUCAAGAAGAUGCUCCAAAUGGUACACAUGCUUCUCUGAAUGGUCAUAUGAAAGAAGGGAAGAUCUCGAAUGAGAAGCCACAAGAAAAUGGUCAGAAAGGUAACGAGCAGGUAGAAGCUUUGCCAGAUGGAAUAAGCACCGAUCGGAGCAGCACAAGUAAUGGCGAAGAGGCAAUUGAUUCUUUAGACCAUGUUGAGAACACUACAGAAGGUACCAGCCUUCUAAAACAUGAUAAUGAAGAGCCAAAGGAACAUUGUCAACGAGAUGUAGAAGGUGCUGCAAUAGAGAGCAAAAUGGUGCACAAAGACACACUGCAGCCUGACAAUGAUGUUGAGCCAACAAUUGACGCUCAACAAGGCCACAAUCUGGAACCAGCAGAAGUAACUGAGGACACACAACCCACAACCAUGCCAUGUAUUCCUGGUGAAGAAGUUGUAGCUGAAGCACCUGCUGGAGUCCAAACUUCUUUGGAGCCUAAUGUGGAUGAGCCUGACGCCCUUCCGGAUACAAUGAAUGGUGAUCAAGAAGUGCUGAAUCAAGAAUCAACAGAAGAAACCAGUGACCCUCUGCCUGAAAAAACUGAAGAAACUUCUCAUGAGAGCAAUGUGUCCACCUCUGAGGAGACAACUCCAGAACAUGAUGCAGUGACAAGGGAGCCAGCUCUUGAUGUUCAAGAAGUGCAAAACCAGGGAUUAGCAGAAGAAAUAGCAGAUGCCAAAGAAGUUGAUACUGAGCAAAAAGUUCAACAAAGUGGUAUUGCUUUUGAGGAGGCAACUCCAGAAGAUAAUGCAACAAUCAUUGAACCAAGUUCUGACAUCCAACAUUUAAAUAAUGUGGAGUCAGAAGAAAUAAAGGGUCUUGAAGAUGCCAAAGCUGAAGAAUCCUCCGAUCAAAGCAAUGUGACAAUUGCUGAAGAUGCAACCCAAGAUAAGGAAGCAACAAAAGAUAUGCAACCAGUUCAAGGGUUGGAAGAGGAAGAACCUAAGAACACUGGAACUGUCGUAAUGGAUGAAGCUUCCAGUCAACCACAUGCUGAUGUCACCAAUAACCUUGCUGAAGAAGACAGUGUACCAGCAUGUCAGCCCCAGGUGACAGAAUUAAAAGAAGAGGUGAAGGACACUGGAGCCACUGAAACUCAAGAAAUCACUCAACAAAGUCAUGCUGCUGCUUCAGAGGAACUAAUAGCAGAAGACAAUUCUAUGGCAAUUGAACCAUUGAAUGAUGAAAUCCAGCAACCCCUGGAAAAAGCAUCAGCUGAAGUUAAGCACGCAGAAGUUUCUGAGACUCCAGAAAUCUGCCAUGAAAGAACUAUUUCUGCUCCUGAGGACUCUGUAAAAGAUGAUGUAACAGCAGAAGGACCAACCUCUGAUGCCCAAGAGGUAGAAAAUGUAGCAUCAGUAGAAGAAAUCAAGGACAACACAGCUGAGAAUAUCAUUGAAACCUCUAGUGUGGCAACUACUGAAGAGGCAGAUCAAGAAAAGAAUGUGCUAACAAGUGAGGAUGUGACUGAACAGCAAAUGCGUGGGCUUGAAACAGAAGAAAUACAGAACACUGAACCUGUUGAGAAAGAAGAAGUUUCUGAUCAAAGGCAUCCUUCUCUCUUGAAUGACCCAGCUCAAGAAGAUAGUAUACCAAGUGAUGGGCCAAAGACUGAAUCAACAGUAGACGUGAAGGAAACUGAAGCACUCCCCCAGGAAAGCAAUGUUACCAUUUCUGAGGAGCCUGCUUCAGAAGAAAAUAUAACAGCAAGUGAAGUAACUUGUGAUGACAUUGCAAGAGAGCCAGCUGUUGAUAUGCAAUCGGUGCAGGAGCUAGAAUCAGAAAAGAAGAAUGCAGAACUUACUGAAGUGAGUGAAGCAUCUGGUCAAUUGGAUGCUGCCGUCAUUGAGAACCCAACUCAUGAAGAUAACCUAACCACAAGUGAGUCGCUUGUGAUGGAACCAGCAGAAGUGAGCAGCAAUGAAGCCACUGAAGGUCAAGAAAUGCCUCAAAGUGAUGCUACUCAGUCGGAAGAUCACAAAACAGAAGGAAAUGUGGCAGUGAGUGAACCACAGAUCCUGGAACCAGAACCUGCUGAAGAAAUGAGAGACAGUGAAGCCACUGAACCUCGAGCUAUCCCGCAAGAAAGCAUGUCUGUUCCAGAAGAAGAUGUAACAGCAAAAGAAGCAGCUUCUGAUAUCAAAGAAGUACAAACCGAAGAGAUAGUAGGGGAACCUGAUGAUGUGAGAGCUGAAGAAAUAUCCAACCAGAGCAGUGGGACUAUUGUUGGAGAAACAGCUCAAGACAAGUUACUAUCAAGUGACCCAACUAGUGAUGUACAAGCAAAGGAGCUUGAAUCACAAAAAAUUGGUAACAGUGAGGAUGUUCAAACUGAAGAAGGUUCCCAUCAAACACAUGCUGAAGAAAAUUUGACAGAAAAUGAGCCACAAAUAGCAACAGAAGAUAACACAGCAAUCCUGACAGAUGUUCACAUUCAGCAGCUUCAAGAGCAAGAACCGGUUGAAUUCAGGGACACUGAAGCUACUGAACCUCAAGGGAUCUCCCCAUCUCACACUGCCUCUGGUUCUGAGCAGUCCACACCAGAAGAUAACGAGAUGACAGACCCAAGUCCUGCCACUCAAGCAGAGAAUUUAGAAUCAGCAAUACUGACGGAGGAAAGUAAAGAUGUUAAAAGCACUGAUGCAAUUGCUGAGGAGGAAACUCCCAGAGAACGCAUACAGGAAUCUGGGGCACAUGUUGAUAUACCACCAGUGGAGAAUACUGAGCCCGUUGAGGUGCAUGACAAUGUAACGACAGAUGACCUGCCAACAGAAGAGCUGAAGGACAAUGAAGCCAUAGAGGUUGCAGAAAUCCACUAUGAGAGCCCUGUUGCAAAUAUUGGUGAUCUCACUGAAGAUGCCAAAAGCAAUGUUGCUCUUGAAGAUGAGGCAGCUCCUGGUGAAGAUGUGAAAACAGAGGCAACUGGUAUUCAACCACAAGAGACAGAAUUAGAAGAGAUCAAGAAUAGUGAACCUGUUGAAGUGGAAGAUAAUAUAAUAGCAAGGGACCUGCCAGCAGAAGAGAUCAAGGACACUGAAGCCAUGGAAACUGAGAUGAUCCCUCAUGAGAGUACUGGUGCAAAAAUUAGCGAGCUCAUCAAUGAUGUGAAAAGCAAUGUUGCUCUUGCAGACGAGGCAGCCCCUGAUGAAUAUUCAAAAGCAACAGAGGCAACUCAUGCUACACCACAACCGCAAGAGCCAGACCUAGAAGAUAUCAAGAAUAGUGAACCAGCUGAAGUGGAACGAAACACAUCAGCAAGUGAUCUGCCAGCAGAAAAAGUGAAGGAUACUGAAGCCGUGGAAACUGAAGCAAUCAACGAGAGCACUGAUACAAACAACAGUGAGCUCCCUGAAGAUGUGAAAAACAAUGUUGCCCUUGCAGACGUGGCCGCUCCUGAAGAACAUGUAACAGUAGCUGAUGAUACAUUUGAUAUGCCACAAGCACAAGAGCCAGAAGUAGAAGAGAUGAAGAAUACUGAACCUGUUGAAGUGGAAGAAAACAUAUCAGCAAGUGACCUGCCAGCAGAAGAGGUGAAGGACACUGAAGAAAUCAACGAGAGUGCUGAUGCAAACAUCAGUGAGCUCACAGAGGAGGUGAAAUGCAAUGUUGCUCUUGCAGACGAGGAACCUCAUGAAGAGCAUGUAACAGUAGCUGAGACAGCAGUUGAUAUACCACAACCACAGGAGCUGGAACUAGAAGAGAUCAAGAAUACUGAACCUGUUGAGGUGGAAGAAAACAUGUCAGCAAGUGACAUGCAGGCAGAAGAGGUGAAAGCUACUGAAGCAAUCAAUGAGAGCACUGAUGCGAACAUCAGUGAGCUCACUGAGGAUGUCAAAACUGAUGUUGCUCUUGCAGACGAGGCAGCUCCUGAAGAACAUGUGAUAGCAACUGAGGCAACAGUUGACAUACCGCAAGCACAAGAUCCAGAACUAGAAGAAAUCAAGAAUACUGAAACUGUUGAAGUGGAAGAAAACAUAUCAGCAAGUGACCUGCCGGCAGAAGAGGUGAAGGACGCUGAAGCCAAAGAAACAGAAGCAAUAACUGAGAGCAAUGAUGCAAACAUCAGUGAACUCACUGAGGAUGUGAAAAGUACUGUUACUCGUGCAGAUGAGGCAGCUCCAGAAGAGCAUGUAACAGCAGCUGAGGCAGCAGUUGAUAUACCACAAGCACAAGUGUCAGAACUACAAGAGCUCGAGAAUGUUGAACCUGACGAGGUGGAAGAAAACAGAUCAGCAGGUGACCUGCCAGCAGAAGAGGUGAAGGAAAUUGAAGCCAAUGAAACUGAAGCAAUUAACGAGAGCACUGAUGCAAACAUCAGCGAGCUCACCGGGAAUGUGACAAGCAAUGUUACUCCUGCAGACGAGGCAGCUCCUGAAGAGCAUGUAACAGCAACUGAGGCAACAGUUGAUAUUCCACGAGCACAAGAGCCAGACCUAGAAGAGAUUGAGAAUGUUGAACCUGUUGAGGUGGAAGAAAACGCAUCAGCUAAUGACAUGCUGGCAGAAGAGGUGAAGGACACUGAAGCCAAGGAAACUGAUGCAAUCAACGAGAGCAGUGAUGCAAACAUCAGUGAGCUUACUGAAGAUAUGAAAAGCAACGUUGCUCUUAUAGAUGAGGCAGCUCAUGAAGAACAUGUAACAGUAGCCGAGAUAACAGCCGAUAUACCACAAGCACAAGAGCCGGAGCUAGAAAAGAUCAAGAAUACUGAAGCAGGUGACCUGUCAGCAGAAGAGGUCAAGGAAAUUGAACCCAAGGAAACUGAAGCAAUCAGCGAAAGGACUGAUGCAAACAUCAGCGAGCUCAAUGAGGAUGUGAAAAGCAAUGUUGCACUUGCAGACGAGGAACCUCAUGCAGAGCAGGUAACAGUAACUGAGAGAACAGUUGACAUACCACAAGCACAGGAGCCGGAACUAGAAGAGAUCGAGAAUACUGAACCUGUUGAGGUGGAAGAAAAUAGAUCAGCAAGUGACCUGCAAGCAGAAGAGGUGAAGGAAACUGAAGCAAUCAACGAGAGAACUGUUGCAAACACCAGUGAGCUACCUGAGGAUGUGACAAGCAAUGUUGUUCCUGCAGACGAGGCAGCUCCUGAAGAGCAUGUAAUAGCAACUGAGGCAACAGUUGACAUACCAGAAGCACAAGGGCCAGAACUAGAAGAGACCAAGAGUACUGAGCCUGCUGAAGUGGAAGAAAACAUAUCAGCAAAUUAUCUGCCAGCAGAAGAGGUGAAGGAUACUGAAGCCAUAGAGACUGAAGCAAUCAAUGAGAACACUGAUGCAAACAACACUGAGCUCACUGAAGAUGUGAAAAACAAUGUUGCUCUUGCAGAUGAGGCAGCUCCUGAAGAACAUAUAACAGUAGCUGAUGAUACAGUUGAUAUGCCACAAGUACAAGAGCCAGAAGUAGAAGAGAUAAAGAAUACUGAACCUGUUGAAGUGGAAGAAAAGAUGUCAGCAAGUGACAUGCAGGCAGAAGAGGUGAAGGACACUGAAGCAAUCAACGAGAGCACUGAUGCGAACAUCAGUGAGCUCAGUGAGGAUGUCAAAACUAAUGUUGCGCUUGCAGACGAGGCAGCUCCUGAAGAACAUGUAAUAGCAACUGAGGCAACAGUUAACAUACCACAAGCACAGGAGCUGGAACUAGAAGAGAUCAAGAAUACUGAACCUGUUGAGGUGGAAGAAAACAUGUCAGCAAGUGACAUGCAGACAGAAGAGGUGAAGAACUCUGAAGCAAUCAAUGAGAGCACUGAUGAGAACAUCAGUGAGCUCACUGAGGAUGUCAAAACUAAUGUUGACGAGGCAGAUCCUGAAGAGCAUGUGAUAGCAACUGAGGCAACAGUUGACAUACCACAAGCACAAGAUCCAGAACUAGAAGAAAUCAAGAAUACUGAACCUGUUGAAGUGGAAGAAAACAUAUCAGCAAGUGACCUGCCGGCAGAAGAGGUGAAGGACGCUGAAGCCAAAGAAACAGAAGCAAUAACCGAGAGCACUGAUGCAAACAUCAAUGAACUCACUGAGGAUGUGAAAAGUAAUGUUACUCCAGAAGAGCAUGUAGUAGCAGCUGAGGCAGCAGUUGAUAUACCACAAGCACAAGUGUCAAAACUACAAGAGCUCGAGAAUGUCGAACCUGACGAGGUGGAAGAAAACAGAUCAGCAGGUGACCUGCCAGCGGAAGAGGUGAAGGAAAUUGAAGCCAAGGAAACUGAAGCAAUUAACGAGAGCACUGAUGCAAACAUCAGCGAGCUCACCGGGGAUGUGACAAGCAAUGUUACUCCUGCAGACGAGGCAGCUCCUGAAGAGCAUGUAACAGCAACUGAGGCAACAGUUGAUAUUCCACGAGCACAAGAGCCAGAACUAGAAGAGAUCAAGAAUGUUGAACCUGUUGAGGUGGAAGAAAAUGCAUCAGCUAGUGACAUGCCGGCAGAAGAGGUGAAGGACACUGAACCCAAGGAAACUGAAGCAAUCAGCGAAAGGACUGAUGCAAACAUCCGCGAGCUCAAUGAGGAUGUGAAAAGCAAUGUUGCACUUGCAGACGAGGAACCUCAUGCAGAGCAGGUAACAGUAGCUGAGAGAACAGUUGACAUGCCACAAGCACAGGAGCCGGAACUAGAAGAGAUAAAAAAUACUGAACCUGUUGAGGUGGAAGAGAAUAGAUCAGCAAGUGACCUGCAAGCAGAAGAGGUGAAGGAAACUGAAGCAAUCAAUGAGAGCCCUGAUGCAAACAUCAGCAAGCUCACUGAGGAUGUGACAAGCAAUGUUGCUCCUGCAGACGAGGCAGCUCCUGAAGAGCAUGUAAUAGCAACCAAGGCGACAGUUGAUAUUCCACGAGCACAAGAGCCAGACCCAGAAGCAAUGAAGAAUACUGAACCAGUUGAAGUGGAAGAAUUCAUAUCAGCGAGUGACCUGCCGACAGAAGAGGUGAAGGAGACUGAAACCAAGGAAACUGAAGCAAUCAAUGAGAGCACUGAUGCAAACAUCAGUGAGCUCACUGAGGAUGUAAAAGGCAAUAUUGCUCAUGCAGAUGAGGCAGCUCCUGAAGAACAUGUAAUAGCAGCUGAGGCAACAGAUGAUAUACCACAAGCACAAGUGCCAGAACUAAAAGAGUUCGAGAAUACUGAACCUGUUGAGGUGGAAGAAAACAAAUCAGCAACUGACCUGCCAGCUGAAGAGGUGAAGGACAUUGAAACCAUGGAAACUGAAGCAGUCAACAAGAACGCUGAUACAAACAUCAGUGAGCUCACUGAAGAUGUUACUCUUGCGGAGGAGGCAGCUGCUGACGUACAAAUCAAUGUACCACCAGCAAAGGAGCCAGCACUAGAAGAGAUGAAGAAUAUUGAACCUGUUGAAGCAGAAGAUGGUAUAACAGCGGAUAAUGUCCCAGCAGAAGAGAUAAAUGACACUGAAGCCAUGGAGACUCGAGAAAUCCCUCAUGAGAAUACAGAUGAUAGUUUGAUAGCAAGUGCAGAACUUCCUGAUAUUCAACAAGCAGUCGAAGAUAAGGCAUGCACUGACACCACAGAAAACCAAGGGGAACCUCAACAAAGCAUUGUUUCUACUUCUGCUGAGCUUACUCCAACAGAAGAAGAAACAGCAGUAGUAGAGCAUACUCAAGAUACACAUGUACAGGAUGCCAGCAGUGGACCGGGAAGUGACCCAAAUUUGCUUGUCCAAUCAGCACAUCAAUCAGAAUUGGCUGAAGACAGCAAGGGUCAAUUUGUAAAGGCAGAAGAAACAGGCCAAAGUAAUGGUGCCACCCUUGAAGAACCAACUGCAGAAGACAAUGCUGCGAAUGAAAUCAGCCCGCUUGCUGAUUCUAAACAAGAGCAUGGAGUAGAAUCAAUGGAACAAAACAAAUGUAUUGAUGCUACUGAAGGUGAAGAGGCCUCCCAUUUAAGCCAAGAUCCUGGUUUAGAGGAGCCAGUUUCAGAACGUGAUACAACAACAGUUGAGCCAACUUCUGAUAUUCAGCAAGUAAAUGACAUGGAUGAAGCAGAAGAAAUGGCGGCCACUGAACCCAUCAACGGGGAAGAAAUUUCCUCUCAAAAAACAGAUGUUGCUACUUUGGAGGAUCCAUCUCCAACAGAUAAUGAAACGGCGCCAGAACACAAUCCUGUUGAGUUAGAUGAAGAGAACUUGGGAAAUGAAAUCAGCAAUGCAAUCUUGGCAGAUGAAAACAUCAAAGAGGAAGUACAAGAGCCAACAGAACAAAAGGACGAAUCAUCUGACUUGGGUGAAAAAACUGCUUUCACAACUCAGAAGGACGAGAGCGCUACUGAGGAAGAUAUUGUACAAAUUUCUGGUGAAGAUGCAGUAGGGACUUCAAACAAUAUUGAGCAAAUCAAAGAACUGCCAAAAUCUGUAAUUGAACAUAAUGCGAUAACAAGUGGUGGCCAUACCAAUGAUCAAGAUGACGAGCAACUUCACAAUGUGGAGCUUCAAAUGCAAGUGUGUGAACGGUCAGUGGAUGUUUUAACCACUGAGCAGCCAGAUGAUCACAUACAAAAGGUUAGCUUGGAUCAGCAGCAGAAACAAGAUGAGGCGAUUGAAAAGCAAACGGAAGAAAUACAGACAGAUGAGCAGAAACAUGAUGACAGUAGGGCUGAUUUCACCACAGAGACAAUAUUGGAGCCCCAGAGCAACGAAAUUGACACAACUAAUAGGAAAGACGAUGCCGAUGUGUUUGAGGCUGAACAAACAGAGGCAGUGACUACUGAAAUGCUCAAGAAUGAACAAACCCCACAUAUAGCCCAAGAAUCCAUUCCAAGCGUUACGGAUGCGAAGGUUGAGAACUCCACGGAAAUAGAAGAAACAACUGAACAAGAAGAUGCACCCAACAACACCGGCACUUUAUAUACUGAUGCUGAUGCUGAAAAAUAUAAUGAAGAUGAGAAGGAGAAUACAGAAAUAGAUGCAGCAGUAGCAAAAACUUCUACUGACAAACAGGAUGGAACAACUGAUGAAACUAUAAAUGAAGAGGUUGAAAAUGAUUUGGGAUUACCUGUCGAGAAGGAUCUUCAGAAAACAUCUGACCUAGCUUCUUCAAAUGAAGAAAUGCUAGAGAAUGAUCCUACAGUGGUUCCUCAGAACGUUGAAUCCAGAGUGCACUCAGAAGAGAAAGAAUGCAUAAACAAGGCCAAUGAUGGUAUGCAGGCCAUUCAAGCAUCAGAAGAAGAGAUCGUUGAUGAAGUGGAAAAGGAAGAAAUACAAAAUGAAGACACGAAUGUUAAUCAUGAAGAAAUUGAGACCAAACUUGUCGAUGGAGAGGCGUCUGGACUGCAGGACUUGAGUUUUCAUCCAAAGGUUGUAGAUGAUAAGUUGGCAACAGAGCAGAAUGGUGCAGAAGUUGAAACUGACUCGAAUGAGGAAAUGGCGACUGGCUAUACAGCAGUCACUGAAUCAGUCAAACUCGGUGAAGCUAUCUACGAUAAGGCUGGUGGAGCUGAUGUGGCACUAUCUGAUGAAAAUCUCGAGACCAUUGAGGACAACAGAAGGAAUCUUGAGGCUUCACCUGCCGUUACAGCAUCAGUAGAAAGUAUGAAGGAAGACAAUGAACAUCAUAAGCCUGCUCUUCCUGCACACUCCGCCGUGGAUGGAAAUGAAACUGAACAGGCAUCUGGCUUAGAGGUGACAGAAAGAGAGUUGUUUCCAGAGAAGCCACUCCCCACGGAAUCAGAAGAGCAAGAAGAGAGUCAAAUAACCACAGAACAAGAUGGAGAGAACGUACAAGAGCAAGAAACUGAUGACACAGAGAAAGAAAAAGAAGCUGAACAGAGUGAUUUGCCUGUCUCCCAUUUUCUGAUGAACCUGAUAAUGGGAAAAGAGAGCAAUGAGCCAGAUAGAAAUUCGGAAUUUAAGGCUGAAAAGAAGCAAGAAGAAACCACAAAAGAUGGCAGUUCUUUGAUCACCUCUCAACAGGAAGAAAGCUUGGUGCCAAUUCCAACAGAAAAUAAGGUGGACAAUGAACACAUCUUUGAACAAGGAAAACAUAAUCUAGAAGGCUCUGAAGAAACACAUGAUAUCAAGCUGGAAAAGGAUGAAGAGCUCAAUAGGAACACUCAUGAUUUGGAAGCACCAGUAUGCCAAAACAAUGUCCAGGGUGAAACUUCUAGUGAAAUGGUACCUGGUGGAUCUGGCCUGACUACAGAAAUGGAAACUAGAGACAUCAAGCUGGGUGAAAAGGCAACCAAUUCUGUUUGUCAGGAACAUAUGGAAGCGACAACACAGAUUGAAGAAGGAAGCUUGAAGAGCAACCUUCAUGACAUAACAAGCCCAAAGGUUUCUCAAGAGGACACAUUAGAGGAAGGAAGAACAGACCUUCAGCACGAGCCUUUACCUGAAAAAAGAAGUUCUGAUGCAGAGUCCGGGCAAACACUCUUGUUGACAGAACCAAAUAUGGGUGAUGAAAAGAAUUUGCCUAAUGACACUGAUGAUCUUCAAAGUCCUCUGAGCACAAAAAGAGAAGAGUCCAAUGAAUCUUCCAUCACUGAGGCCGAAAGUACUGUAGAGGCAGAACUGGAGAAUGGAGUAGACAAGAAAGAAAAGAAUCAGCAGACAACCACGACAGGUGGAGCUACAGAAGAACAGAUAGAAAAUGAGCAUGAUAUCUCGCAGAAAGGCACAGAAGCAAUAUCAGAUGAGCAGAAGGGUGAAAUUACUGAACCAGUUAUGGGCAAUGAGAUAAAUUUGGUUCAUGAAAAGGGGAUUUCUGCAGACUCAGAAUGCAAGGACGAAAAGCAAAGCUCUAAGUUCUCAAACAGUGAACUAGACAACUCUGAGAAAGCUUCAGAAAUCCAGUUAGAUGGUUCCAGCUUGCAUAUAGACCAAGAUAAGCAAGAUGAAUCUGCGGGCGACCAAAUUGUGAUGGAGAAGAACAACCUGCUAGACAAGCCAGGAGAAUCUGAUUUGCAGAAGGUGCAGGAAACGGAAGUUGCACAAGAAUCUCCUGAAGAAUCUGAUGAAGGUGAUCAGAAUUCAUUGCCCAUAAGAGAGCCUGUGAUCAAAGAAGUGAAUGAAAACAAAACUGUUGAUAGCCAUGUGCAAACAGUGGACACACAAUCACAGGAAGAGCAAGAAACAUUUAAUUCACAGGUUCAGGAGCGUGAUCUGGAUGUGGCUUCACCAGAAGAGGCUCCUGAGGCUGAAGAAAAAAUUGUGGAGUCAAAGCCAGAAUUCAGCAGAGAUGAAGAACAAAGUCCAAAGAAAGAUGAAUCAAAUAUGGCAGGAGAGAAAACUUAUGAUGAGAAGACAAAGGGUGCACAGGAAGCUAAGAGUCUCACUGAUGAAGCGAAAACCAAAGUUGAAGAACAAGGAGUAGUACAGAAGGCGUCACACAAUCAGAAACGUGAUCUCGAUGUGGUUUCACCAACAGAAGCUCCUGGGAGUGAAGAAAAUGUUGUGGAUAUAAAAGAGCCAGAGUUCAGCACAGAUGAAGAAGAAAGUCCAAAGAAAGAUGUAUCAAACAUGGCAGAAGAGAAGAGUUAUGACAAGAAGACAAAUGGUGACGAGGAAGCUAAGAAUUUCACUGAUGACGCACCAAUGAAAAUUGAAGAACGAGAGGCAGGGCAGAAGGCAUCACCUAAAAAGCAUAAUAUCUUAUCUGGUGUCGGAUCAAAGGUAAAGCACCAACUAGCAAAAGUGAAGAAAGCUAUCAUUGGCAAGCCUGGGCACACAAAAUCUGAAUCACCAAAAGUUUGA